GCCCUCCUUCCUCACAUGCCGCCACUCUUCUCUCCUCUCCUCCACUUCACCCACGCUGCCCGCAGCGCACGGUUGUUUGCGUUUCCAGCGCUCCGUGUGCGCUCCUUCAACUUCAACCUCUCCCCGCCUGUGCGGUCUCCACAAGACCACCCCCUCCUCCACCUUCACCUCCUCCUCUUCCUCUUUCUCCUCCUCAUCCGUCGGACUUUUGACUUUUCAGAGCAGCUUUUCCUCCCACAGAGCAGUCGCCUAUUUUUGGAUCUCUCGCAGUGGAGCGCUGAAACGGAGAGGCUGUUCAACUUUUGAUGGAAAACAGGAGGUCGAGCGGCUGCUGACUUUAAAGGUGAUAGUGAGCUGAGGUGCUGAGGAUGAUGGAACAUCUCAGCGAGUCGUGUCUGGGGAAGGAGAACUCAGAGCUAGUCGUAGGCGGCCUGACCGAAGCCAAGGCCCCGCCGGCCAAACUGCCCCGGCUGGAGCAAAAUGGCAGUCCCCUGGGCAGAGCCAGGCUGGGCAGCGCUGGGGCCAAACUCGCUGGGGUCCCGUUCAAACCUGCUGGCCACCUGCUGAAAGCCUGCCACAAGAGAGGCAACAUGCUGCCCGUGUUCUGUGUGGUCGAGCACUAUGAGAACCCCAUGGACUUCGACAGCAAGGAGGAACACGCCGAGUUUGUCCUGGUUCGCAAGGACAUGCUCUUCAACCAGCUCAUCGAGAUGGCCCUGCUGUCGCUGGGCUACUCCCACAGCUCCGCAGCUCAGGCCAAAGGUAUGAUUCAGGUGGGGAAAUGGAACCCCGUCCCGCUGUCGUACGUGACAGACGCGCCGGACGCCACGGUGGCCGACAUGCUGCAGGACGUCUACCACGUGGUCACGCUUAAGAUCCAGCUGCACAGUUGUCCUAAGCUGGAGGACCUGCCGCCCGAGCAAUGGAGCCACUCUACAAGUAUGAUUUCCUCCAUUGUGAACAGCACUUACUAUGCAAAUGUGUCGGCGGCAAAGUGUCAGGAAUUUGGGCGCUGGUAUAAACAUUUCAAGAAGACAAAAGAUAUGAUGGGCAUGCGCCAACCCUCCCAGCUGGAGGGCUACCUGGGGACCUGUGUCCUCCGUGAGAGUCCGCGUGCCAAUGCACUAGCGGAGAUGGACAGCCUGUCCGACCUCUCCCCUCCCGGCUCCAACCACAAUCACAACCACCUAAGUUUCUCCCAGCAGCAGCCCAUUCCUGGCAGCACCGCAGAGCAGACGCCAUCAUCACCAGUCCCGCCAAUGCAGCACGCUCCUCCACAUGGCGGCCAAACAGGUGGCCGGCAGCCGCAGCUUCCCAGCCUACACCACCCUGGGUUGGUGUCGACGCCAAUCAGUCCGCAGCUGGUCAACCAGCAACUCGUGAUGGCGCAGAUCCUCAACCAGCAGUAUGCAGUGAACCGGCUGCUGGCGCAGCAGUCGCUGUCGCAGCAGUACCUCAAUCACCCACCCGUAAACCGCAGCUCCCACAGCAAGCCCCUGGAGCCUCAGGUGGGGUCCAACACGGAGGUUUCCUCUGAGAUUUACCAGUGGGUGAGGGACGAACUGAAGCGGGCUGGCAUCUCGCAGGCUGUCUUUGCCCGGGUGGCCUUCAACAGAACCCAGGGAUUAUUGUCUGAGAUCCUACGGAAGGAAGAAGACCCCAAGACGGCGUCCCAGUCGCUGCUGGUCAACCUGCGUGCCAUGCAGAACUUCCUUCAGCUUCCAGAGGCGGAGCGCGACCGCAUCUAUCAGGAAGAAAGGGAGCGGAGCCUAACAGCGGCAUCUGCCAUGGGCUCCACCCCCCUCAUCAGCACGCCGACCAGUCGACCCGUACAGCCCCGACGGGAAGACUGCAACAGCGUGAGGCCAGAGGACUGGAAUCCCCGAAUCCCUGUGGGCAUUUCACCUGUGAGCACACAGCGUCACCCACUCACCCCUCCAACUGCAACACUGCAAAAUGUGAAACCAUCGCCUCUGCCGAGCGAGUGGAACGGAAAGACCGAGAACUGCAUCUUGAACAUCACCUCCACCAUCUAUGAUGAGAUCCAGCAGGAGAUGAAGCGGGCCAAGGUGUCCCAGGCCCUGUUCGCCAAGGUGGCUGCGUCUAAGAGCCAGGGUUGGCUCUGUGAGCUUCUGCGUUGGAAAGAGGAUCCGUCUCCAGAGAACCGGACGCUCUGGGAAAACCUGUCCAUGAUCCGUCGGUUCCUGAGCCUCUCUCAGGCCGAGCGCGACGUCAUCUACGAGCAGGAGAGCAGCUCCGGGCAGCAGCACCACAACGAGCGGCCGUCACACCUGAUACACGUUUCCACCGAGCAGCUUCAGGCUCAGCCGCCUCAGAGUCAGCAGCAGCUCCAGCCCUCCCUGUCCCUCCACCCCUCCCAGCCUCUUUUAUCCCAGCAGCCUUUGCAGCAACAACAGAGCAACGCGGGCCCCCGCCUGCCGCCCCGUCAGCCGUCCACAGCCUCCCCGGCCGAGACUGAAGAUGAGGGCAGCCGGAGUGUCAAGUCCCGCAGCAGCGGUGGGAAGAUCUCCUUGGAGGCUCUGGGGAUCCUGCAGAGCUUCAUCCAGGACGUUGGCCUGUACCCCGAUGAGGAGGCCAUCCACACCCUGUCGGCCCAGCUGGACCUCCCCAAGCUCACCAUCAUCAAGUUCUUCCAGAACCAGCGCUUUUACAUCAAUCACCCUGCUAAGGCUGCGAAAGACCCCAGCAGCAACAACUCCACCGCCACCAACAAUGGCGGCAGCACAGCGGCGAACACCAGCAGCAGCAACAGCAGCAGGAGCAGCCCCGCCUUCGAGGAGGAGCUGACGGACUUCAGAGAGAGCGGAGAGCUGCUGAAGGAGCUGGACGAGAGCACGCAGACCACCGCCACGAUCUUCUCCAUCAAGAUGGAGGAGCACCUGGGCCGCGGAGGCGAGGUGCAGUCCGAGUCCGAGCACGAGGUCAAGUAGGACCCAGACAGAGCCCGUAGACUGAUCAUAACGCUCCCCCUCCCCCCACGCUGAGCACGAGGAGGAGUCCUGAUCUCGGGGUGUUCGGCGUCCGGACCGAUGAGACGUGUUUAUAUGGAAAUAUGUGAUCACACACUGGAGAGCCCAUUUCAGACUCACUGAAACCAGGACUACUUUUUGGAUUUUGUAAAACUUGUAAUAAUCACUGUAAAAAAAAAAAAAAAAGAAAAAAAAAUAACAGAAAAACUGAAGCAUCAUUUUCAUAAUCUGCACAAAAAGAAAAAAAAAGUUAUUGUAAUUAUGUUGGCGUGGAUAUUUGCUGGCUGCACUCGAUGUACGUCGUUUUACACUGACUUCUCUUUUUGAGCUACUGAUUAUAUUCCGAAAAAAAAACAAAAGUCCCCAAGGAGUUCGAUAAGUGUUCAUGUAUGUAAUGUUUUUUUUUUUUUUUUUUUUAAAAAGCAGAUGAAAUCAAGGACCAAGUGGUUGUCAAGGCCUUAAUCAUGAGGUAUCAAGUCUGGGGCCUGCUGGCGGAAAAGUUAUUCUUUUACAAAAAAAGCGUAACGUGAUUCUGGAUCACUGCAAUCACCCAGAGCCCAGGUGCAUCUCCGAGAAGAGCUCAAUCUGUACUUAUUAUCUGUUAGGGAGGAAUAAUAAAUAUAAAUAUAUAUAGACAUUAUAUUGUAACUGUAAAAAAAUACAAAGUACAGUCUUAAAGAAACUAUGCCAACAAAUGCCUUGUACUAUACGGCACUGCCGAUGUUAGAUUAUUUUGCAAAACCUUCGUCACUGUAACUUGUGAAAUGCCACACAGUUAGAAAUGUGAAUGGAUGAAAUGUUCUGUUGUCCGGCGUUAUUUAUUUGCGGUUCAUGCAGUGUUUCUGAUGUAUAAAUACAGUUUUUUAUUUUGAAACGUUCUCAUUUCCCCUUUUUCUUUUUUUUAAUCUCCAAUCUUUUUUUUUUUCUGUUCCUAUUUAUAAGUCUGACUUCAACGGGCAGUAAAAACAAAAAGUGUCUUAAACGGAGAAGCGUGCUUUAAAGGUUGCCUAUAAAGUGCUGUCCGUCGAGCAGAUCAUGCUACAAGCUUCACUAUUAUUGUUGUAUGCAAUUUUUACUAUCAUGCAAAUAAGCUGCGGUGGGACGGCAAACCUGUAGGCGAGCUUAGAAAGAGUUAAUUAGAAAAAAAAACAUAUGCAAUCUGUGUGAGGUCUGAUGUCUGCGACGCGUCUUCCUUUGGUCAACGGUCCGAUUGGGAAAGCUCCGGCUGUGUAAAGAUCCUGUACAAAAAGUGUUUUCCUUUUUUUAAAGCCUUCAUUUCAACGAGAACACCUGUUAUUUUGUUACAAACCGACUGACUGUUUUCUAAGUGUUUCUCGGUUUUGUCUCUGCAGAGAUAUUUUGACUAGAAGUGGUUAUUGAUUGUUAAUUACACGAUUAAAGUGUUUGUAUUGUUCCACAGAUUUCUUGGCAUUAACUUGACCAGACUCUUUUUGCCCUCAAAGGGUUUUUGAUUUUCCUCCUUUUCUCUGGAAAUAAAAAGAUGAGACAAUGUGAAUUGUUUUUAAAAAUCCAGCCCAGCUGGGAAAAACUGCUGUUUGUAAUAACUGUAAAUAUCACAUGGUAUGAAUCAAUGAUUGUUUAUUAUUGUAAAUAUAUUUGAAGUUUGUGUAAGAGCUCAUCGUACAAGAACUGAAUUUUCUGUUGUGCCUCUUCCUCUCAGAGCGACUGUACCUGGGCUCCUUCCAACUGCUGAGUGUAUCUGAAGCACCUGUGAAAUCUGAAAUAAAUAAAAACGUGAGGUGUGAACACCUGGGGGUUAACAUCUAAAGCA